AUAUUCGCAAAGUAAACACAGCUUUUAGAAUUUAUUGAACGGAAAACCUUGAAUACAGCAACGACAAUGGUGCUAUAUAAUUGGAUCUUUCAUGUACUACUUAUCUUCGCGGCCAUGGUGCGCGGUAAACUCUACCGUGAGUGCAUUGGUUUUGUAAACGAUCAGAAGUAUGUUGCGAGCCAGGAUGAUUGCGGCAAAUAUAUCUACUGUGAUGGCAAAAAUUCCUUCGAAGGCGCGUGCCUCGGUGACAACUACUUCAACGUAAAAGAGGGUAAAUGUGAUGAACGCGCCUCGAUCGUGUGUAAAGUGGGUCAGCAAUCGACAGGCGAAGUCGGUUCGGGCGGUGCGAGCACUGAUGGUUUGCGUGUUGAUCCCGUCAAUGCUUACAACAACAACAACUUUAAUAUUGACAAUAAUAUUAUUGGCAAUUGGAAUGUUUUGGGUGGACAAUGGAUGAGUCAAGAGCAACAACUAUUGGAUGGUUUUGGUGGCGGUAUUGUUGGCAGCGAGGCUGUAACUGGUUUGGCGCUGAAUGCCAUCGAUGUGGGCAACACAGGCUCUUCUACCUCAAUGGCACAGACGCCAUUGUGUCCACGGCGUUAUGGUCUAGAAAAUGUUAUAUACAUGCCCAACACACAGUCUUGUGCCGCAUACUAUGUCUGCUAUAACGGUAUUGCCAUACCGAUGAUUUGUCCACGGCACAGCUACUUCAACCAGGAGACGUCGCAUUGCGAACGAGAAAACAAUAUGUACUGUCCGUAUGAUCGGCCGGUGCGUUUGAUAUGCAAUCGUGGCGUUUACGACUACAUUCCGCAUUCGCGUAAUUGCGGCUACUACUACUUCUGCUCCAAUGGCUAUUUGAUGAUCUUCCAGUGUCCCUUCCAGUAUUUGUGGGACUAUGAGCGACGCUCCUGCGUACAACGUGCGGAAGCGAAAUGCUUUUCUAGCGCCAUUGCGGAAGCGAUGUUCAGUUAGAGGCACUAGAUAUAUGCACAUAUGUAUAAAUGUAGAGUAUAUAUGUAGAUCACAUGCUGUCGCAUAAUUUUUUCUAGCUGAUAAUAAAACUGGU